AUGCCCCUGGGCGCCGGCUAUGAGGUCGGGCGCUCGAGCGUGUUCAUGACGUUCCAAGGGGAAGAACAUUCUGGGCGUGGGUUACGGGGACAGCUUGACACAUUUCAGGCCCCCUGCCCAUACAUGUUUGAUUGCGGGAUCCACCCCGCCUACUCGGGCCUGGCGGCCCUGCCUUUCGUCGACGAGAUCGACCUCAGCACCGUCGACAUCCUGCUUGUCACACACUUUCACUUGGACCAUGCUGCAUCGCUGCCUUACGUCACAGAGAAGUCUGCGUUCAAGGGCAAGGUGUACAUGACGCAUGAGCAAGAAUGA